AUUUUGAUUCCUAGACAAUUUGGUCAAUGGAUCCUUGCCGUGCACCCAAAGAACUUCAAAAUCUCAUUUAUUAUAAAUAUUUUCAUAUUCUCUGGGUGGCCAUGUGCAUGCGAUGGUCCACGCUACAGCUGACAGAAGAUUGGAAAUAUUACGGCUUACUUCCUAUUAAUAAAUUGCUUGUACUUGGAUUCUUAGGAUGCCCCAUCUGCAUUAUGGCCAACUGGUCUGCGCUUCCUUAUAGUGUCAUUCUGCACAUCGCACAGCGCCUGGCUGCCGUUGAAGACUUUGUUGCAUUUUCCUCGGUCUGCUUCUCCUGGAGGGCUGUCUAUAUCGACAGAGGCGGUAGCCCAAGAUCUCGGGUUCCUUGGCUGAUGCUCUCAGAAGAUCAGAACUCCGAGAAAAGGCGCUUCUACAGCUUAUCUAAUGGCAGGACUUACUACCUUCCCUUACCCAAUGCUCAGGUUAAGAUGUGCUGGGGGUCCCCUCUUGGUUGGCUCGUGACUUUCGGGCCAGACUUCAUGCUCCGUCUUCUGAACCCAUUUUCCCAGGUCGAGAUCGAUAUACCUCAAGGCCUGAACUGUGAAGAUGAUUCCUUUCCUCUCGGCAAAGAGUGGUAUAGGCUUCUAUACAAAGCUAUCGUGCUCCGAGAUCCCACUGAAGAUGGUGAUUUCUUGGUUGCUGGCAUUUUUUACCAAGGUAAGUUUUUGUCCUUCAAAUCCAGAGAUGGUGCCUGGAUGAUGCUCGAGGACCCAGCAGACCUUUGUUAUGGCUUCAGCGAUGCUGUAUGCUUCGGUGUCCAGAUCUAUGCGCUGCAGGGAAUCGGAGCUCUCGUCUUGAUCGAGAUGGACAGUGAAGGUUGCCCAAGAGCAACUCCUUUCGCUCCGCCUCCUCGGGACGAGUGGGCUUGGGAAGACGCGUAUCUCCUCGAGUUUUCGGGAGAUCUUCUGAUGGUUCAGAAGCUGGAAUGCUUCCGGGAUGAUGUUCGAUUUGAAGUCUACCAAUUUGACUUCUCCAGCAACGGGUGGAACAGACUGAACGAUCUCGGGGACACGGCUAUAUUUGUCGGGGGGAACCAUUCAAUGGCCAUCUCCACUUCUUCCGUGGAUGGAAUUUGCAAGCCUAACUGCAUUUACUUCAUCGGAGAUGGAGUCGAGCAGUGGUGGCAUUAUUCGGAGAAUGCCGAGCAAAGAGAUAUGGGAGUCUACGACAUGUCUGAUGGUUCUGUGCAGCCCUUCUUCUAUGGAGCAGAUUAUCCUUCCUACUACUCUCGUCCUCUGUGGGUCGUGCCCCGUUUCCUUUAGUACAGAAACAAACCUUUAUACUCCGUUUGGUUUCGCAAUUAAAUUUUAAGAUUUUAACUAUAA